AUGGCACACCAAUCAUCCCACCAGAAUCUCUGCUUCUUUGACGUCAAUCGGGACCAAAUACGAAGAAUCACUGCUAAGCUAGACAAUACCAUCAUAACAAUACAGAGUGCAGCGAGCCCCGGUCCACGAGACGGUUCUGGCGAUACGGCCAUACUAGCACCUGGUUUGAGAAACGAAAGGAGUGGAUGA